AUGGGCCGUCAGGAGGCACGGUUUCAGCCAGGCGACCACGCUUGCUUGGUGACGUGGAAGUCCAGCUUCUUCCCGCUCUAUCAGCUUCAUUCGGAGAUACUGGAAAAGUUGGAGCAAGCCAUCGUGUUUCGCAAAGGGAGCCCCAUCUGCAUGGAGGAGUUCAGGGAUCUGCGAGUGUUCAUUCAUGUGAACAGCGACGAUUAUCUGGAAAGACAUUACACAGAGGAAACUGCAGACUGGUGCAAUCACGAAACUCGCACUUCCUCAGUGCAGCAGUGGAUCGAGCAUCGGCCUUGGGUUCAGCUGGUGCCAGGGCCCACGAAGAACCUGAUAUGUGCCAUCAACGAGUACAAGUGGAAGCAUUAUCAGUUGCGGUGUGUGGUGUAUGACAUUCAACGUGCCCCUUAUGGUGGAAAUUAUGGGCCCCUUUCCCAUGCUUCCUGGGAGAAGCGCUUCUUGAUUUGGGGCUGGCAGGACGAGCUCGAUCGCGUGCCUGACCUGGUUGAGUGGUCCCAGGACUAUUCCUCGAUACUUUGCCUGCCAAUCAGUGACCCCGUGCCAAAACCACGGGUGAUGCUGAAGGCCCUUCACAGACGAGACGUUGACAUGAUUCGCAGGUUCAUGCCACUUUCUCUCUUUCCUGGCAACGCCAUCUGGCAUCCUGAUGACAUCGAGCAGAUCACUGCAGCAAAGCAUGAAUCUGAUGCAGAAGGAGAGGACGCUGACAUGCAGGCGGAGGAUCCGGAGUUUCUGUUGGUCGACACCGCCGACCAGGUCCCUGGCACCGAGUGCGAUCAAAUUGGCCGUGUCCAAGUUGGACCCAUCAUCAACAAUUCGCCAUGGCACCAAGAUCAGCGCGCAAAGCAGCGUGCUGCCGCCAGCUGCGGAAACGCAGCUGCUGGAACUUCAAAACCAGUCACUGUGUUCUCCUCUGAGUAG